CGAACGAAUUUUAUGCCCGAAAUGCGAAUUUUUCCUCUGAGAAAUCGGCUGACAACACUUGGUCCAACAACCAAAAAGUCCACUCUUCGCUCGGUCGGGAUACCGACGACAGCUGCUCGAAUCCGGUGGAAAAGGCGUUGCGAAGUCGGGACACGAAGUCUGAAGACAAUCCGGAACAGUAAAGAAAAAAAAAUAAAAAAUAAAAAAUUGUGUAUAGCUGAGAACAGCCGCCCACUGCCCUACCUACACAUGCUUCACAAGAUCGUCAGUACAUUGUGGCGCACACGAGGACGAGGAGAACAAGGGUGAACAAGGGCUGAGAGAGAGAGAGAGAGAGAGAGAGAGAGAGAGAGAGAGAGAGAGAGAGAGAGAGAGAGAGAGGCGCUUCACAAGAUCGUCAGUACAUUGCGGUCGUCAGUACAUUGCGGCGCACACGAGGAAGAGGAGAACAAGGGUGAGCAAGGGCUGAGAGAGAGAGAGAGAGAGAGAGAGAGAGAGAGAGAGAGAGAGAGAGAGAGAGAGAGAGAGAAGGAGAGGAGAGAGGAUUUGCGAGGAGGAAAAGGUCAAGAAGAUGGAGAGGAGGAGGAGGGAAGGACGAUGAUCGACGAGGGCAACAGAAGGAAGUGAAGAAGAGGAUUGACAGGAGUAGGAAGACAAGAGCAAUUGGGAGAGGAGGGAGAAGAGCAGGAGUAGAUGAGGAGAGGAAGAUAAUAGAGACAAAGGGAGAAGAGGGGAAGGGAGGAGAUGAGGAGAGGAGGAUAAUAGAGACGAAGGGAGAAGAGGGGAAGGGGAUUGAGAGGAGGAGGGAGAAGACGUGGAGAAGAAGAGAAAAGGAAUGAUAGUAGGAGAAGAGAAGUACGCUUAGGAGGAGGAGGAGAAAGGCAGAAGACGGUCGAGGAGGAGCGAGGAUAAGGAGGAGGGAAGGAGAAGACGAAGACGACUGAGAGGAGGGAGGAAGACAACUGAGAGGAGGAAGACGAGGGGAGCUCUGAGGGAGGGGGAGUAGAGGAGGUGGAGGAGAAGGAGGAGGAGAUGAGAACAGGAAGACGAUUAAGAGGAGGGAGGAGAACUGAGAGGAGUAAGAGAAGAGGAAGACGAGGGGAGUUCCUCUGAGGGAGGGGGAGUAGAGUAGCGACCUAGAUACGGCACAGGCUGGAAACGGGGCGACAAAGUCUCUACAGAGUGAGUACGUAGGAAGAGGAGGAGGAGGAGAAGGAGGAGGAGGAGGAGGAGGGGGAGGAGGAGGAGGAGGAGGAGAGCAGGAAUCAUGGAGUCUCUUCUAGCGAAGGCGGUGGAGUCAAAACUGAAGGCAUGGUUAAAGUCGUUCUCUCGAGACCAGUUCCGUCUGCUGCAGGGUCGUACCAUGCUUCUCUCCAAUCUCGAUCUGAAUGGGAAGACACUUCAUGCUUGUCUUGGGCUUCCUCCAUCAUUGCGUGUGACACAGGCUCGCGUUGGAAAGCUGGAAAUUCAGCUUCCAUCUGUUUCAAAUGUGAAAUCAGAUCCUGUGGUGGUUUCAAUAAACAGACUCGAUAUAGUGCUCUGCGAGACGCUGACAGAGGCUGGCGAUUCCGAUUCCACAGGCUCUGAUGCGUCAUCAGGAUCUUCCUCGAACCGGAAUUCUACCUACGGCUUCUCUGACAAGGUUGCAGAUGGUGUGACCGUGAAUGUUGGUGAACUGAACAUCAUGCUUGAAACACUGGGAAGUGCUGGAUCGGAAGGGGCAGAUGCAGCUUCUUGGACUCCUCCCCUUGCGUCAAUCACUAUGCGUGGCGUAAUGUUGUACACUACAAACGAGUAUUGGCAGGCUGUCAACUUGAAAGAGACACGGCAAUUUUUUCACGGGAAAAAAUUCAUUUACAUUUUUAAGAAGCUGGAGUGGGAAUCCUUGUCAAUUGAUUUGCUGCCGCAUCCGAAAAUGUUCUCAGAUGAGCGCGUGAGCUCAUCAGCAAGAGGCGGUUCAUCAUCGACAGAUCCUGAAGAUGCCCGUCGUUGGUUUUUCGGCGGAGAGCGUCUUGUGGAUAACAUCUAUGGAACAGCAAAUAUUACACAACUGCGGUCUCUACACAACGAGCCCAUUGGAUUGGAAGUGGAGCUUAAUGUAUCUGAAGUGCUAUGCCCUGCGUUAAGCGAGCCAGACUUUCGACUGGAGCUUAUUCUACAAUCGCUUUCAUACAGCAGGGCUUCUGCAGGAGGGACGGACUUCGUCAAGUCGCUAGCUCGUCUGGAAAUCAGUGGCCUGUUUUUCAGGGACACAUAUACUCAGCCUCCUUGUACACUGAUCCAGCCAAGCAUGCGGGGAUCGGCCGGGCGCUACGAACCUCCUCCAGAAUUUGCCAGAGGGGGGUUCUUUGCGAGAGUUUACCCCCUCGCAUCGCCAACUCAGCAUGAAUCGCCAGUUCUCCCGAUGUUUCAGCUAUUUGCGGCACAGACAUCUCCCUGUCCGGCGCCUCCGGAGGUCACUUCGCAUGUGUUCUUGCGCCUGCAACCAAUGAAGAUUAACCUGCAAGAGGACUCUUGUCUGCGUAUGGCGUCACUGCUGUCGGACGGUGCGAUGGAUGCGCCAGUGAAGGUCGUGAAAGAGCCCAUCCUGAAAUCGAUCCAGAUUCACUUGGAGGAGCUGGACAUAACUCUUCCACUAAAGGACACAGGACCAUCGGAUGCACAACAACCAGCCGCGGGCCGGCAAGCUCGCCAACGAGGUAGGGGGGUAGAAGGAAAGGGGCAGUCUGGAUUCACAGGCGCACAGUUAUAUAUAGACGGAUUAUCGUUGAUACAUGACCCGAGCCUCAAGUACCGUGUUCUGCAGAUGGACAAGGAUGCGGCCUGCUAUUUGUUCUGGGAAGGGCAGCCAGCCGAUAACAGCCAAUGGCGAUUCGCGAUUACUGCGGUUAGCAUCAGCGCAGCGCUUGAGACGGGGCGGUGUGAUGAUCUGGGCUCCAAUGUGGGAGAACGGACUUCCGGGCUGUGGAGGUGUCUAGAAGUACAAAAUCCUUGUGUAGAGGUCGCUAUGGCAACACAGGACGGGUCUCCAAUCACAGUCAUACCACCUCCUGGUGGCGUCUUGAGGGUUGGAUUCAAGUGUCAGCAGCUGAUGUCGAACACCUCGAGGGAGCAAUUACUAUUUGCCCUUCGGAUGAUACUGCACAUGGGCAAGGUCACGAAGAAGUUCAUGAAGAUCGGCAAAAUUCUUCGGAAGAAGGUUAGGGUUGAAUCGCCGGUGGAUGUCAGACAAGUGUUGGAAGAAGCAGCCGAGCAGCGGUUUGACGAGGACGAAGAUGAAGAUUACGACGACGACGAGUGGGAUCUCGAUGGGUCGAGUGAUGGAAGUGCGACGGACAGUAGAGCUGGAAGCGAUAACAAAAGCAUCGGCUGUGCAAGGUCAUCUAGCUCGAUGCCUAGAAAUGCUGGCGGCGUAGAUGGUGUCGGGGAGUUGGCAACAGCAAUUCCCGGAGACAGUGGUGUCACAAUUCUUGUCGAGGCAGUGGAGAUGAGGCUGUUAGAGUCUGUUCCCGGGCAGAUUGCGAUCGAAGGGCCUCUUCUGGGCCGGGUAAUGGCAGCGGGACUUGGUGCUCAGGCAAAGUUUCGAUCGUUGGAAGGGGCAGCGGCAAUAACAUGGAACGUCAUGUGGAGGGACAUCAGAGUGGAACUUGUCGACACGGAGAGCACUGGUGCCAGCGACCGGGACGCAGACCUCAGGGCCUUGGAGAGGGAGGGACUGUCUUCUGAAGGCAUCGUCAAGUUUCUUAACUGGGGCAUUGCUGGUGAUAAGAAAUCGAGGAGUCGACACGGCAGCCGUGGAAGUCGUGACUCGGGGGCCUUGGAAGUCGUGGAUAAGCCGAGGCAACCGCCGAUGAGGGCAGUCUUCUGGACGAAAGGGAAGGAUGGCGAGGAAGAGAGCUCGGCAUUCGGACAGGAAUUUGAAGGCCGCCAACCGCUUCUCGAAGCGAGUAUGGUUCACGUUAUUCCGUACGUGGACACGGGUUCAAGGAGCUCUGUAGAGGGCAAAGUCCAGGUCACAGGAGUGCGGGUCGGUGGUGGCAUGGAGUAUAACGAAGCGUUGCUUCAUCGGUUCGGAGUUCUCGAUGAAGAUGGUGGUCCCGGGGAAGCUGUUAAGCGGAUACUUAAGAUUCUGUCCAAGAAGCAGUUCUCCGAAUUCCUUCGGAAACUGUCGAAAGAUCCAUCUCCCAGAGCUAGUGAAGGUUCAACUGGACUGAGUGUUGGCAUGCCCGACGAGCUGAAUGUGGAGUUGCAACUCGUGGACUGGGCAUUCCUACUCGAGCGGGUUUACAAACCGGGCCCGUCAAGACCGGGAAGCUCGGGAGGAAGGGGGUCUUCUUCGGGCACAAACAGGUCCUCAAGGUACAGUCGCCAUUGGCACAUGGGGUUCAGGAAAGUCCAAGUGGUUGCAGAUUCGGCUGCUGCACCUUCUCCCUCUGUGACCGCAGAGAGGCCUUCACGGCCGUGGAAAAUCGGCCGCUACAAAUCGUUACCCUUUCAAGCGCUUAAAGUAAAAGUCGAAGGAUUGGUGGUGGUCAAGCCACAGGACCUGGAAACCCCACCAAAGAUGGAAAAUGGAGCUAACGUUGGCCUGUCUGGAAGAUCUCGUGAGAAUUGGUCCGGUCAUAUGGCGAACAGCGUAGAUGUGACAUCUCCGACGUAUCCGGGUGCUUACGCUUCUCCGGCGCAUCCGUCGUCUUAUUCGUCCCCGUCACGUCCUACAUCGUUUUCAUCUCCGCCGUUGCCUGCAGCCUAUACUUCUACUGCUUUCAGUGGUUCGCCAUAUGGAGGGUCCGCGCACUCGUCAUCGUACUCUCCCUCAGUGCCUCAUCACCGGUGGUCAUCCAGUCAAGGUCUUCCUUCUGCGGCCACGUUGGAGGCGGCGCUUGGGAAAUUUCACCUAGCCGAUCACUCCGGAGUUGAUCUCGAGUUCCGUCUGGGAGCGCGGGAGGGAUCGGGCUUGCUCGGCGGGGAGAAGGCCGGGGUCGACUGGAUCCUGGAGAGUGUGAAGAUGGGCAUCAAAGAGCCUCUUGAGAUUGAGGCGACAAAGGUGGAGCUCAAAAGCCUUGUGGAGCUGUUUACGGCAGAGAUCCAAGCUGCCGGGCGAAUUGGACAAGGAGCCCUUAAGCUUCUUCAGCGAUCAGCACCCGUAGCACAGUUGGUGGUUGAGAAACUGGAAGCCAAUCAAGGAUACGGUCAGAUGCCAAAUAGGGAGACGGCGUCGCCCUUGAAAGAUUUGGCGUACAGUAUCUUUGGAGAAGAUUUUGGUCCGGCGAGGAGAUUCUCGAAGAAAGGCACCGAGCAGCCAGAAGAGGGGAAAUGGAGGGAUAGACUGAUGGAGGCAGAAAUGAUGUUGUUGAAGUCCCAGAGUUUGUGUUUCCAGAUCAGAGAUCAGUUGAGUUUAGGCGCUGACGCGUUUCUGACUGACAGAGGGAGGGGGGCAAUUGCCGCAAGCGGGGGGGUAUCGGAACUGGAUCUUGGACCAUCUCGAAAGGUAGCAGAGCUUGCUGCUCAACUGGAAUCCUUGCAGACAUUGCUUGAGAAGAUUGGUGAGUGAUAGUACGUCGGCUUUUUCUUGCCAACCACCAUUUCGUCUUCUCGCUGAAGGUUCUGCUUUCCUGUGCUUCACUCCGCUUCUCCCGGAACCAUCAACAUUUCACUGAAUUCGCUCCGCAAAGCUCGCAGGUGGUAUCGUACAAGUGUGUUCAUCUUACGUAUGUGUCCUGCGUCGAUCUCGCCUGCGAUGAUGCCUCUCCUCCCUCAAUCGUCAAAAUUUCGCCGAAUUCGGUGCGCAAAGCUCGCAGGUGGUAUCGUAAAAGUGCACGUCUUCUGUCCCGUGUCGGCAACACCUGCGAAGCUCGCAGGUGGUAUCGUACAAGUGUGUUCAUCUUACGUAUGUCCUGCGUCGAUCUCGCGUGCGACGAUUCCUCUCCUCCCUCAACCGUCAGCAUUUCCCCGAAUUCACUCCGCGAAGCUCGCAGGUGGUAUCGUACAAGUGCAUGUGUCUUAUGUCCCGCAUCGGAAACACCUGCAAAGCUCGCAUGUGGUAUCGUGCAAGUGCAUGCGUCUUAGGGCCCGCAUCGGGAACACCUGUUACGAUUACUCUUCUCCCUGAACCGUCAACAUUUCGCUGAAUCUGCUCUGCGAAGCUCGCAGCUGGUAUCGUACAAGUGCAUUCAUCUUAUGUCCGGCAUCGGACUCACGUGCGACGAUUGCAUGGUAGUGUCAGUCAAGCGCAUUCAACCAAAAUGUCCUCGCUCGGUUUCAUGUUGCAUUGCCGAUUCCUUUCCUCUGGGAAUCGUGGUUGUGUGAGAGAGAGCCUGUCCUCUCUUUCCCUGCCCAUGCUAUCUCCGUCCCUGGUCGAUCGCCCAAUAAGUUCCCUGCGCAUGUUAUCUCUGUGCCUAGUCGAUCGCUACAAUAGUUCCGCUGUAUUAUUUUACAUGUGAGACGAAUGAGCUUGUUUCUGCCGCUAGAGGUCCCUCGCCCAACAGAAUCUCGGAAGGGCAGUUGCAUGAGAGAGAGAGACACACACACACACAUACACACACACACACACACACACAGAGAGAGAGAGAGAGAGACACCCUGUGGUCAUUCUAUUUGUUGAUUGCUCGAGGCACCCUGUGGUCAUUCUAUUUGUUGACAUUGUUGUUUCGUUGUUAAUCUGAUGAAAAGGACUGCACUGCCUCUGCCAGAUAUGACACCCACCAAGGGCUGUGUGAUGGCGACCAUCGAACACGAGCCAUGCAAUAUGCGAACUCAUGAAACAGUGUUGUCUGCUUGCUGCAAAGCAUAACCUCACCGGCAGUAGGUUGUUGUCCGGCGUUCAAAUGUUUCGUCGUCUUGUGAUGGACUGCAAGCAGGCGUUCCCAACCAUUCACGUCAACCACGAAUGCAACUGCAGGUGUGAAAUUGUGAACAGUCUGAAGUGUCGGAAUGUUUUUUCAAAUGUCUGAAUGUGUUUUCAAAUUGCGAACGUAUGGAAUGCCGGAAACGUGUUGGGUUCAUUGGGAAAUUGUGAACAGUCUGAAGACAUGAAGAUGGGUAUAUGUUAUGUGGUAAACUUUGCUGAUCACAUUCUUGGUUGUCUGUAUGCCAGGUUGUGAUCGGGGGGCUAGAGGGUGAAGCGGGGGGAGAGGAGGGUAUGGGGGGAGCAUGGGGGGAUAGGUGAAAGUGGGGGGUUGGGAGCUUGGGGCGGGGGGGGGGGGGGGAGGGAAGGCUCAGAGGAACAACACAAAGGAGAGGAGGCGGCACGGGGGGAAAGCGUAAAGCAGCAGGUGGGCCUGUAGAAUCUGGCCUGCAACGGUCUUUUCCCAAACUUUGUCGUAGCCUGAGGUAUUGUUUAGCUUCAUGUGACUGUAUGUAGAUUUGUCCUGCACCCGUAUGACGAUUUCAUUUGACUCUUCUUCAGUUCGGCGUCAUCUCAAGUCUACAAAAGGAGAAUGAUGUGGCAGCAAGUCCGGGGGGGCCUCUGGGGGAUGGGUUGGAUAUUGACUUCCGCUUGUCCUGAAGUUGGACGAACUCUUCUUCAUCUCUGCAUUCUGUCGCAGAUGCCGCUUCUCAAAUGGAAAGAACCUUGUCCGUGCACUCGUGUCUUUCUUGUGUGUGUGUGUGUGUAUGUGCGUGCGAGUGUGUGUGUGCGUGUGUGUGUGUGUGUGUGUGUGUGUGUGUGUGUGUGUGUGUGAGAGAGAGAGAGAGAGAGAUGCAACUUAUGUCGAUUGUGAUGGUCCUCAAGGGAAACAUGAAGGAAGCAAACACUGGGGGCGGGGGGGGGAAGGGUGGAAGAGAGAGAGAGAGAGAGAGAGAGAGAGAGAGAGAGAGAGAGAGAGAGAGAGAGAGAGAGGUGCAGGUUACGCCUAUUGUGACGGAGGUCAAGGGAAAAGUGAAGGAAGAGAGAGAGAGAGAGAGAGAGAGAGAGAGAGAGAGAGAGAGAGAGAGAUGUGCAGGUUAUGGCUAUUGCGACGGAGGUUAAGGGAAAAGUGAAGGAAGCAAAAACAUUACUUUGUUCCUGGCCAUGGCGAACUGUUCACAGCUCUUCUCCGAAAUGGAAGCAAAGUAAUGUUUUUAAAUUUUAAACAAGUGUAAAUGGAGCAGGCUGAGUGAUAUUUGUUUACAACUUUACACUUGUUGCCUCUAUUUGCAGUCUGAAUGUCCGCGCCUCGGCAACGGUUAGCGUUUGUGAACACCAGUUGGUAGGUAGGACAAGUUGUUUGCAGUUGUUAUCAGCAGCAAAAUUAG